UCACACAGGAUUAAACGUGGCGGCGAUUUUUAUCAUAUAAGUUAGGUUAUAUCGUAUGCAUCAAAAUCAUACAAUUAUUUAUAAGCUAGUUUUUUAAGGAAAAAACACUUAAAUUUAGUGAAUUUGCAGUGCGAAAUCUUUAAAAAACCACAGACGAACACUUGGCACAAACGAAAGUUACGUGUGAACGUCGUGGCUUUUGUUUAAUUGUUUUGAACGGAAAGAACUUUGGCAACGUUAAAACCAACCUAUAAGAUACAUAAGAACACCAGCAACAACAACGGCAACAGUGUAAAAUUCUUUAAGUGCGCAUCCCCUUAAGCAAAAACAAAAAAAAAAAAAUCAACAAACACAACACACAAGUUAAUUUCUUUUGCACACCGGGUUAAGAAAAAAGCGGCAAGAUUACGUCAAUUAUUGAAAACCUACCCGGCGCCAUAGCUCACAACCACAACCAGAACAACAUCAUGGAGGAAGACGAGAGGGGCAAACUGUUUGUGGGCGGUCUAUCCUGGGAGACGACACAGGAGAAUUUGUCGCGCUACUUCUGCCGCUUCGGCGACAUCAUCGACUGCGUGGUGAUGAAGAACAACGAGAGCGGCAGGUCGCGCGGCUUCGGCUUUGUUACUUUCGCCGAUCCCACCAAUGUCAACCAUGUGCUGCAGAACGGACCGCACACGCUGGACGGCCGCACCAUCGACCCGAAGCCUUGUAAUCCUCGCACGCUGCAGAAGCCGAAGAAGGGCGGUGGCUACAAGGUCUUCCUGGGUGGUUUGCCCUCGAAUGUCACCGAGACGGAUCUGCGCACCUUCUUCGGGCGCUACGGCAAGGUCACCGAGGUGGUGAUCAUGUACGACCAGGAGAAGAAGAAGUCUCGCGGCUUCGGCUUCCUCUCCUUUGAGGAGGAAUCGUCCGUGGAGCACGUGACUAACGAGCGCUACAUUAAUUUAAAUGGCAAGCAGGUUGAGAUCAAGAAGGCCGAGCCUCGUGACGGAUCUGGCGGGCAGAACUCCAACAACAGCACUGUGGGCGGCGCCUAUGGCAAGUUGGGCAACGAAUGCAGCCACUGGGGACCGCACCAUGCUCCCAUCAACAUGAUGCAGGGCCAAAACGGUCAGAUGGGCGGACCUCCGCUAAACAUGCCCAUUGGGGCGCCGAACAUGAUGCCCGGCUACCAGGGCUGGGGCACGUCACCGCAGCAACAGCAGUACGGCUACGGAAAUAGCGGACCCGGCUCAUACCAGGGCUGGGGAGCACCACCCGGUCCCCAGGGACCUCCGCCACAGUGGUCGAACUAUGCUGGACCGCAACAGACGCAGGGCUAUGGUGGCUACGACAUGUACAACUCGACGUCGACCGGUGCACCCUCUGGACCAUCGGGCGGCGGUAGCUGGAACUCGUGGAACAUGCCUCCCAACUCGGCCGGACCCACUGGGGCACCAGGAGCAGGAGCAGGCACUGCUACGGAUAUGUACUCGCGGGCCCAGACCUGGGCAGCGGGUGGUCCGUCAACCACCGGACCUGUUGGCGGCAUGCCGCGCACCGGACCCGGAAAUUCGGCCUCGAAGUCUGGCUCCGAGUACGACUAUGGCGGCUAUGGUUCUGGUUACGACUACGACUAUAGCAACUACGUAAAGCAGGAGGGCGCCUCCAACUACGGAGCUGGGCCGCGGUCAGCGUAUGGCAACGAUAGUUCCACGCAGCCGCCGUAUGCCACUUCGCAGGCUGUCUAAAAAGGCGGAUAGACAUAAGGAGAAGGAGGAGGAUGCAGUGGAGAAGGCGAAGGAGUAGGAGUUGGAGCCGGAGUAGCAGAGCAGAAUGAUGUCGUCGUCGGCGAAUGAUGAAGACAGAAAAGAUGGUGGUAAUUGUAAGCUAAAGCGUCGUCUGUUCGUUUUUAUUUCAGAUCAGAUCAGUUGUUGAAGUUAAUAUUUAAAAACUCUUGUACAACUAUUAUUUAAAGCGAAACCAAUUUAACAACACGAAUGAAUACCUAGCGACAAGUCAGAAUCAUAGAUAUAUAUAUAUACAUGUAUGUUCUAUAUAGCAAUGAGUAUGUAAUAAUAGGCAAAAACAUCAGCACACAACACCAACAACCAUUAUUCAGACAAGAGAACCCAAUUUCUUUCAUGCGCCCCUCAUAUGAACACCAUUAAAACACCUACCUAAACACACCUGUCAGCCAAGCAACUAACCAGAAAUACUACACCCAACUAGAACUAAAACUAAAACUAAAACCCGUAGGCUCAUACGAUACACAAGGCAUUAACAACAAAAUAGAAAGUGAAGAUUUAAACGUAAUGAUUUACAAGUAUAAAGUUUAGCUAAUUAGACCCAAGAACAUGAUAAUAGAGUGGAAGUGCGAGGAGAGCCAACACAACAAGAAUCACACAACCAAGAAGAUUAGAACUUAUAUAAUUUUAUUAAAAACAAAAAGUACACAAGUAAA